GCCAUCUUGAAUGUUGAUAUCUGGCAGAUUUCUCAAUUUUAUUUGGUCAGACCCACUCGAUUUUCGUUAAAAUAAACACAUAUAAGUUUCACAAAUGGACCGUUCAGAAGGUCUCGUACAACGUAGGAAUGUGGCCCAUCAGCGGACACAAGAAAGAAAUGAAGAAGAACCGUUUGAUGAUGAUGGUGGAGCGUUGAGUUUAGAGGAACCCGGAGUGAAAGAUGACAAGGAAACCAGGCUGACUUUGAUGGAGGAGGUUCUCCUUCUUGGCCUGAAAGAUAGAGAGGGUUACACAUCCUUUUGGAAUGAUUGCAUAUCGUCUGGUCUGCGAGGUUGCAUCCUGAUAGAACUUGGUCUCCGUGGGCGAAUAGAGCUGGAGAAGUCGGGCAUGCGGAGAAAAAGGUUGACUGACCGUAAAUUAUUAUGUAAAAAUGAUGCACCUACAGGUGAUGUUUUAUUGGAUGAGACACUCAAGCAUAUUAAAGAAACUGAACCGGCUGAAAGCACAAAAACUUGGAUACAAUAUUUAAGUGGUGAAACAUGGAAUCCCUUGAAGCUGCGGUUCCAGCUGCGUAACGUCCGGGAACGUCUGGCAAAGAAUCUGGUCGAAAAAGGUGUCCUAACUACAGAGAAACAGAACUUCCUCCUUUUUGAUAUGACGACACAUCCUCUGGUUGAUCCAACCAAGAAGCAAAGGCUGGUGAAAAGAGUUCAAGAUGCAGUGUUGAGUCGAUGGGUAAACGAACCCAACCGUAUGGACAAACGUUUAUUGGCCCUCAUCUUCUUGGCGCACAGUUCGGAUGUUCUGGAAAAUGCAUUUGCGCCAUUGUCAGAUGAUGAUUACGAAACGGCUAUGAGGCAUGUGCGUGAACUUUUGGAUCGUGAUCCAGCUGUCGAGUGUGCCAAGGAGGGAUCAAAUGAUACAUUAUGGGGUGUGAUAGCUGCUUUUAAUGAAUCAUGAAGCAUCCAAUUGUUUCGACAAAUAGACUAGUAUGAAGCUUUGAAGGUUAUUUUCACACAAAUGUUUUCUCCAUGUUCUAGAUUGAGGCUGUUUUUGUUUAUGUCUUCAGUUCUUAUAACUGUUGGUGCCCUCCUUUUCUUGCUUGUGGUGUUGGGGUGCAUUUAUAAUGUGGCCUGAUAAUUGGUGGAGGUGAAUGAUAUUCAACUAUAGACCUCUUUGUAUGUUGGUUGGAAGUGUCCCUGUACUUGCACCGACCAUGAAGUCGGGGCUGUACUUACUCAUAGCAGUUCCAAAUGUGAGCCGAUUUGCUUCAUGAGAUUUUCUUGUUGAGAAGUGUUCUUGGGAGUUGCAGCGGACAUGGUUGAAUAGAAGGUAGGCAACUUUAAACAGAACAUGGAGAAAUGUGUACAGUAACCUUCGUAAGGGCUUCUCGCACACUGUUAUUGCAUAUACAGUGUACUUACAUGUAUAGACAGUUCAACAUUCUUUGCAAUGAGGAACCGGCGUUAAGAUAAAUGCCAGUGGCGGCGCCACAAUCGAUCGUACCUUCUGACGCCAUGACGUCAUUUUCUGGUCUGUUGACCUCGCAUGAGGUCAAUCACGGGAAACCAUUGCGUGCAUUUUUGCACAGGAUUUCAACAACAGAAAACGUGCCCAAUAACUGGCAUCGCGCAUAUUUUCCGCAAAAUUAUCUUAAGAAACUGAUAGCUCAAUAGAUUUAAAACAGGAAGAUGCAAACACCGAAAACGCCGAAAUCGGUCGAAAAUAAGCGAUCGUUUUCGGGCUCAGAAAUAACAUGAUAAUGCAUUGGAAAUGGAGAGUUUUGGUAUGAUCGAUUGCAGCGCCACGCGGCGGAUAAAUCGCGCCGGUUCCUCAUUGGUUGCUCUUUCUUGAAACAGGUUUUUGUGUCCGACGGUGGAAUAACUAUUUUUGUAUUUAACAACAGUAGAAGUGUAGAAGUGUCGGAGUCAUUCAAUGGCAAGACAUCGCUUCAGAUUCCAAGUCUUUUUUAGUUGGAUGGGGUCAAAAGCACGGAAUUGAAAGCACGAUGUUUUGCCUUUUAUUGACUAGUAUAAAACAGCAUUUGGAAAUGUGUGAGUUCUUCAACAUGUGCAUUGCACAACAGGUAGUCGAUCUGUCAUUCCCACUUUCAUUUCAAAAUGUUCUCUUUACUCAGCUUUUGUGUAAUAUUUAUCAGUAAGUUUUAAGUGUUGGCACCCUGACCACAAGGAGAAGUACAUGAGCAAUGCAUCUACGAAUCUUUCCUCCUGAGUCUUUCAUUUCGUAGUGUGUGUAGUGUCUCCCGAUACUGCCGAAUUUCGGAUUUUUGUCGCAUACACGUGUAAAAAUAGUUUACUUGAAUAUUACUGUAAUUAUUAUCAGUCUGUUUCGUUUGAACGAAUGAGCAAUCUUCAUGGAGGAGAAGGGUAAGAUACAGUGAGUUGUUUUUCCAUUUGAUAGAAAAACAUUAAAAAUUUCAGGUAUUACAGGAUUUUCUUCAUGUCGGUGACGGGGAUCUGUAGGAACUGGUAUGCCUAACAAGCAAUGUGGAAAAUGGUACGGAGUUGGGGAUUCAACAAGAGACUAACUGCAUUAUUAUAUUGGUUAUUAGGGUGAGGUUUUAUGCACAGUCAGUAUGGAUGUUGCCUCAAACAAGAUCUACAUUUAUUGUAUGCAUGAUCUUGUAAAUUGAUCUUUAUGUACCCUGCUGGAAAACAGUUAAAAUUGUCUAAAAUAUAUAAGCAAGUCGAAUAUGUUUUGUGGUAAUAUACAUGUAUUUUUAUGUAGAUUUUCCCAGAAGGCUCUGGUUUCAUCCGGUCCGUUUCAUCCAGCCUGUUGUUCUAUUAGUGAGAGCAAGCAGUAGUGCCAUACAUGUACUUGAUUAGCCAUAACAUUCAUAGCCCCUGGAUGUCACCAUGUUCUUUUCUUACAUGGGUUCUUUUUCCAUACAUCAAAUAACAAUGCAAAUCCAGCUUUGGAACUAAGUGUGUUUUCCUUCUGGUUGCAAUCUAUUGUGCAUGUACAUACUUUAUCCACACUAGGCUUAGUGCAUGGACUGAAGCCUUUACUGUAUUGUGUAAACAAUCGAGUGUGGCCAUGGACAUAAAGCACCGGGUACUGUUCUUACAAAUCUUAUAUAGUUCAGGGUUCAGACCUUGUCACGGAAUCCAUUCUUUUGAUGAAUCUGGCACUAAGUCAGAAAUAUUUUUCAAUUCUGCUUGUUCUCAAUUCAAUUAGGAAUACCUGUCAAGAAACCUGAAAAUACAGAAAUAUCUUGCUCCUGCCUGUAAUUAAUUUUUAUGGGUCCUUUAUUUCACAUUGGUCAUUAAAAUUCACAGCUUGCAUAUCUGUCCCCUACAUGUAUUCACCCUUGUUAUCAUUGAGUCACUCUUCUGUUCUUCGACUGCCAUGGUUUAGGGUAUAAAUAACAAUUUCCAACAUGAAAUAUAUAUCAAUUACCAUGGGUGAAAUAACAUUGACCAUAACAAUAGUUGCUUUAAUUUUGAAUUAUAAUUUCAAAUUUAUCAUUACACAGAAGGUGCCUUUGGAGGAUGAGGAUCACUUGUUCAUGUGUCAGCUAGCUGUAGAUAUUUAACUUUUUAUGUGCUGGUACCUACAAAAUCUUAAUCCUUACAUUUGAGGUCAUUUCAAUUUUAUUGAAAAUGGCCUCUUACAUUAUACACAUAUUUUAUUAUGCUAGUCUGAGUGAUUUCUGGACAGAUCUGUUGAGAUAUUGAACGAUUGUUCUGAUGGUCCCUCUCAAAAAGUCUUUGUACUGGAUUGAUGUUUCUUGUAGUCCCUUCACGUUGUCAAGAUCACAAUUAAUUGAUGCCAUUAAAGAAGAUCUUUUGAGUCCUGGGACUACAUUGUCAAAAAUAGUGCAUAUUUAUUGACUUUAAUUUACAUCAAAUCUAGACUUGUAUUAGUAAACUGGAAAAUAUUUAAAGGUUCAUAAUUUUAAUAGGGAAAAUAUUGGCAUUGAAAGAGUCUCAAGACACCAUUUAUUUAUGGCUGUGCAUAUCUGAGGACAUCAGGCAGAGGCAUGAAAUGAUCUAAAAAAUUUCCCAGUUUACAUGGGUGUGUUGGUACAUGUCUUAAGUCUAAUGUCUGCAUGUUUAAGUAUUUCAACUGUGAUAGUUCCAGGCUCUUCGUUAUGUGUGAUUUGUCCUGCCCCUGAUUGCAGUAGUGCAUCCAAUGAAGUUUUGAAGCCGCAUGCAGUGAAGAUAAAUAGAUUACAUUGGGUAUCAUUGUGUAGCAAGUGUAGCAUAUGUCAGUUGUUACAUCCAUCAUAAAAAAGGCCCCACAUAAGCAAAGUUGUGGGACUUGCUGGUUAUGAACUAAACAGAUUUGGAAGCAAUUUGCUUUUCUAAGUCACAGUGAAUAUCUGCCUGUACAUGUGUCCUUGGGUACAUUAUAAUUGUACAGUUAACAAAGUCCAAAUGUUUAAGACUUGGCCUUUUAAGUACAUGUACAUGUAGGUCAAAAAGUGAUUGUGUUUUGCUUUAUUGCUUCGGAUCCAGCAUGAAUUGUUUGUGUGAAAAUAUGCUAAUUCUGUUGUGAUAACAGUUUGAUUUUUAAAUGGUCCUCUGUUUGUUUUCCCUCAAAGUGCUAAGCAAGCAAGCGUUUUUUCCGCUGCAACCUGUGAUGGUAAUCGCUGCUAUGUGUGACAAAAAGACCUCUCAUCUGCAGGGGUAGAACUGGUAGUCUACCAGUUGUUAUCACAGGCACCUGCGAUGGCUGCUGCAAACAAGAAUUUUUGUCACAUGUGAUCAUGGUUGCAGCGAAUUAAAAUCACUCGUUUGCAGGGCGCUUUAUUAUAAGGGACGAUUUGAUACGUUAUGGAUAAUUUUCUGGCUUCUGUAUGUGCUUCGUUUACGUCUUGAUACUUAACCAUAUUUAUUUGUUGAGACAGAUCGUCUAAAGAUAAACAGACUCAGGUGUGUUUCGUUCUAGUCUUACUCUGUAGCAUGUAGACACCUAUGGCUAUGUUGGCCAAAGAAUUCAAGAAGUGAUGCAACUUGCCGGACAUGUCUCAUGGAAAUAACCCUAAAAUUAUCUGCAGUAGAGUACACCCAUCUUGGUCAAUUUCAUUUAAGACCUCUCUGUUAAAAGAACAGCAUUUAUCAGUCCCAAAGGUGUCUCGAGCGAGAUACUAGGGAGUUUUCCCCUGAAACGCUAACGAUAACGCCUAUUCCAUUGUUUGACCUCCUGAUCACGAAGACGAACAAUAGGAUAGGCAUUCACGUGGACGUUUCGGGGGGCUUUGCGAAAACCUUCUGCUACUGUAUAACCUGAAAUAACUAAAGUAAACCUCCGUGUUGAUCAAAGGGUUUACACAUUGGCUGUACAGGAUCAGAAUUAGAUAUUCAUGUGUUCGUAUCAAAGACACUUUACAUGCCGAGGCCAGAUGAUUACUCCAUUGUGUUCUGAUUAUUUUGUUAUUUUAUGAUGGCUCUUAUUGUAUGUUGUAUAUAGAUAUGUAUAUUUCUUCCUUAGAGGAGUGGGUUAACUUGUUGAGCGGGAUAAAGCUGUCUGAUCUGUUCAUGAUGUACAGAGCAUAACAUUCUUGUAAAAAAACAUUGGUAAUAAAAAGUAACACCAUAUAUGAUAUCCUCUUAUGACCAAAUUAUCAAUAAAUUUCUUUUGCAAUAAA